AUGAGCACCCAACCGAAGCCCGUCACCCUCAAAGUCGGCACGCGCCGCUCCGCGCUGGCCCUACGCCAAACCGAAGUGGUCAUCGAUGCCCUCAAGCGCGCCCACCCGCACGUCACCUUCGAGGUGCACUCUGUCUCUGUGAUGGGCGACCGCGACAAGACGACCCCGCUGCCGGCGCUCGGCAAGGGCCUCUGGACGUCGGAGCUCGAGGCGCAGCUGGUCUCGCGCGAGCUCGACGUCAUUGUGCACUCGCUCAAAGACAUGCCGACCUCGCUCCCGCCGGGCUGCGUGCUGGCGUGCGUCACGGGCCGGGAGGACCGCAGGGACGUGGUGGUCUUCAGCAAACAGCACGAAGAGAACGGGCGGUACAAGACGCUCGCCGACCUGCCGGACGGGGCUGUGGUAGGGACGAGUAGCGUGCGCCGGGCGGCGCAGCUCAAGAGGAGGUACCCUGGGUUAGUGUUUCGGGAUGUGAGGGGGAACAUUGAUACGAGGCUGAGGAAGUGUGACGAGGAGGGAUAUGAUGCGAUUAUUCUGGCUGCGGCCGGGCUGCUGAGGUUGGACUUGGGGAAGCGAAUUUCGCAGUACCUGGACUCGAGCAGUGAAGGGGGUGGGUUGCUGCAUGCUGUGGGCCAGGGCGCGCUGGGGCUGGAGGUGCGGGAGGACGAUGACCGGAUGAAGGAGCUGUUGAAGGCCGUGGAGGAUACGCCGACGAUGAUGGCGUGCUUUGCCGAGCGGGCUGUCAUGCGCACGUUAGAGGGUGGGUGCAGCGUGCCGAUCGGCGUGGAGACGGCGUGGGUGGAGGGGGAAACUGUUGGGGACAAUAAGAAGAAGUUGAGGUUGCGGGCGGUGGUGGUGAGUCUGGAUGGGACACAGGCUGUGGAUGGUGAAGCGACAGAAGAGAUCACCAGCCUGGCACAGGCUGAGAGCAUGGGCAAAGAGUUGGCUCAGAAGCUUGCUGGAAUGGGGGCGCAGCAAAUAUUAGACGACAUCAACAUGGGGCGGGCCUCAGGGGCGGCUCUCAAAGUUGGUGAUGCGUAA